CUCCUCGGUCACACUUCCGGUUUUCUCCUUUGCUUUGAAACGUCAACAGCGCCAAAGUUCAGCCUCUCCAAAGAGGAAAAUGACAAGCGAAGAACCACAAUGGCGAAAAGUUCAUUCGUUCACAGGUGUAAUUCCUCGCUCCAGGCACGGACACCGGGCGGUAGCAAUCCGGGAGCUGAUCGUGGUGUUUGGAGGUGGAAACGAAGGGAUCGCAGAGGACCUCCAUGUUUACAACACUGUCUCCAAGCAGUGGUUUCUGCCUGCAGUGCGAGGAGACAUCCCCCCUGGCUGUGCUGCUCACGGCUUGGUCUGUGAGGACACCCGCGUCCUCGUCUUUGGCGGCAUGGUGGAGUAUGGCAAAUACUCCAAUAAUCUCUAUGAACUUCAGGCUAGUCGCUGGCUUUGGAAGAAGCUGAAGCCCAGAGCGCCCAGGAAUGGCCUGCCUCCGUGCCCUCGAAUCGGGCACAGUUUCACCCUUGUGGGUAGCAGGUGUUAUGUGUUUGGGGGGCUGGCCAAUGUUAGCGAGGACCCCAACGGCAACAUCCCACGGUACUUGGACGACCUCUACGAGUUGGAGCUGCAGUCUGUAUCGGGGGCAAGAGGCUGGAGCAUCCCGGAGACCAAAGGCGGUGGUCCUUCAGCGCGGGAGUCGCACACGUCCGUCGCUUACACCGGUCUUGGCUCUCCAAAGCUCUUCAUCUUCGGGGGGAUGCAAGGCCGCAGAUUAGAUGAUCUCUGGCAGCUUGACCUCAACACGAUGGCGUGGUCAUUGCUUGAAACGAGGGGCUCGGUGCCACUCCCCAGGAGUCUUCACUCUGCCAAUGUGAUUGGAAACAGGAUGUUCGUUUUUGGCGGCUGGAUUCCUGUUCCCGAGUCGGAGAAGCGCAAUGCCGCGGGGAUGAAAUGGAUUUGCACCAACUCCUUAAGCGUGCUUAACUUUGACACGAUGAGCUGGCAGAACCUGAGUCCGGAGUACGACGACAUCAACUCCCAGCUGCAGAGUCACAUGACACAGAGCGACGAUCACAACACCGGCGGGCCCAAAGCCAGGGCUGGCCACUGUGCCGCCGCCGUCGGUUCCAGGCUCUACAUUUGGAGCGGCCGAGAUGGUUACCAGAAGAAUUUCUAUCAAGUGUGCUGCAAGGACCUUUGGUACCUGGAGACAGAUCGUCCGGCUCCAGCCGAUGCGGUGAUGCUCAUCAAAUCCACCGUCAGCAUGCUUCACGUGGCGUGGCGCCCCCUGUCGGGAGCGGACUGCUACAUCCUUCAGAUUCAGCCUGCGGGGAGCCAUCCUCAAACCGAACGGGUCGAUUCGACUUCAACGGAAGCGGACGCCAAACCUAAAGAUUCCCAGUCCUCGCACGGCGCAAGUGAACGCAACGCUGAAGAACAAGGGAUCACAUCAGCCCAGGACGGCUCAAAGCAACACGACAAUCCGACAAAGUCGUCCAGCGGCUCCCAAGAAGGGGGACGGGAUUCUUCAGGAUCUGCUCACCAUCAGCAGGCUGAGAAGACAAGAGAUCAGAAUGCAGAGGGAGCCAUGUGGUUUGACGUUGGUGUGUUCAGAACCCUUUUUUCUGAAGUCCAGCACUACUAUCUGCCAGCCGACAACAACCAGGCGACGACAACCGUCGGCAGCCGGCCGUCCAUGACUAAAGAGAGGAAGCUGCCGAUGCCUCACGACUACGAGGAUAGAGAGAAGAAGGAGCUGGAUCCCGGUCGGAGUUACCGUUUCAGAGUAGCAGGCGUCAACUGCUUUGGCGAAGGAGACUUCAGCCCGGUCAGCGAGUUCAAGACGUGCCAACCGGGCUUCCCUGGAGCGCCGUCCGCGGUCAAGAUCACCAAGGCCAAUGAAUUAGUCCACAUUACAUGGGAAGCUCCUCCGUCUCCAUCAGGCCGGAUUCUGGAAUAUUCCAUGUACAUGGCGGUGAAGAAAAGCCGCUCGUCCAGUUCGGAGGGUCCGGGCCAACUGGCGUUCAUCCGAAUCUACCGCGGCGUCAAGACGUUCUGCACGGUCAGCUCCAGCCACCUGGUUAACGCGCAUCUCGACUGCUCCGUCUCCAACCGGCCGGCGCUGGUCUUCCGCAUCGCAGCCAAGAACGAGCAGGGCUACGGCCCGGCGACGCAGAUCCGCUGGAUUCAAGGUCGGGGGAAUGAAAACAGCCAUCGAGCGUCUCGAUUUGAGCCCCAACUUCCAUUUGUCUUCUUUUUAGAUGCUUUUAGAAUGCGAGCCGGAUCCAAGCCAGACGGCGGCGCUGUAGGUGACUUUGACGCUGCCGACAGCUCCAGCUGAAAACAAACGACUUUCAAGACGACAGUG